UCUCCCCUUUUUUUUUCCCUUUGAAUAUUUACAAUGGCUGACGAUGAGAAGGCAGAGCGUGACCGUAUCUUUAAGCGUUUCGAUGCAAAUGGAGAUGGCAAGAUCUCUGCGACCGAGCUCGGGGAUGCCCUUAAGACACUUGGGUCUGUCACACCCGAAGAAAUUAAGCGGAUGAUGGCAGAGAUUGAUACAGAUGGUGAUGGCUUCAUUUCCUACCAGGAAUUCACAGACUUCGCCAGUGCUAACCGUGGCCUCAUGAAGGAUGUAGCCAAGAUAUUCUAAUUUCUAUAACCAUUUUUACACACUCUUCUUUUUUAAUUAUCAUUAUUACUGUUUUCAAUUUUUGAUUUGGGUUAUUUAUUUUUGAUAAUUUUUAUUGUACUGAGAGGUGGUUUCUCGUUUUUAUUAUAAAACAAUUAGCAAGU